AAAAUGGCCGUCGUGGACGCGAAAAUUCUUGUUCUCGCUGGCGGCGCCUUCCUACUCGGAGUCGCGUUCGGCUGGAAGUUGCACGGGUGGAGGAUACAGCAGCUCAGAAACAGACGAGACUACUAUGCAGAGAAGGCCUUUUCCGCUCACAAGCAGAUGGAAAACUGAACUUCUAGCAACUAGCUAUACCAUAUUCGAUUUUUCAGUCGUUAAAAAAAACGAGUGAAAAUUGAAAUGGAAAACACUAGUGGUAGUCCUGAAAUAGUUUCAGCCUCACCUCAAACUGCCUUACCGGAGCACUGUGUACGGUUGACUGAGGAGCAGUACGAAACACUGUGCAGUCUUCGCAACGACCCUUUCUUCAAGAAGGUUCUCCUCACUCCCUCCUACACGUCCUGGGAGACACUGCAAGCCAGCAAGGAGCCCCGCAACCAGUGCCUGGUCUGGAGAGUCCACCACUACUGGCUGGGCAGUCUCAAAUUCGCCCUCCUCUCAAAAUCUGUGGGAGGAGCAGAAAAACUCUAUCACAGCAUCUUCACCAUCUAUGAAGAGUUGCUGUCGAAUUUCGAAAACGACGCUAAGCUCCUUUUCCCGCCACGAUCACGCAGACUCAUAUUCGACCAUGUCGGUGACGGCGUGUUUCGGCUGAGAUUGGCUGGAUUCGAGGUGGGGAAACCCCCUUCUGGGGUGGGGAAAUCCCCUGUGGUCACCGAGGAGGAGUGGCGAAGAAAGUUCUGCCGAGAUCCCACAGUUGGACUCCCGCUAACCCGACUCGAAGGAGACGGAGUUGAGUUUUCUCCCAAGGGUCUGGAUGAAUCAUCCAUUGGACCAGAAUCUGCUGCAUACCGACACGAGCUGCGUCGCACUGUGGCCUACGUGGCAGAGCAGAUGGAGGGGAGGGGAGACAGAGUCGACUGGGACUAUGUCUUCACUGGAGCCAUCGCUGAAGACCAUCCCAAAAACCUCCUCACAUCACUCAGUAGGAGUUUGGACGAUUUCAUUGAGGAUCAUCUUCAGUAG